AUGAAGACCCAGACACACUAUGCGAAACUCGGGCUGGCCCCGAAUGCGCCUCGGGAAGUGAUAUUAGCAGCGUACAAAGCGCUGGCGUUGAAAUACCAUCCCGAGAAGACCCUUGAGCUAACUGCGGCUGAACGUGCUGCGCAUGCCACGGCGUUUAGUGAUCUUCAAGAGGCGUUUGACGUGUUGCAUGACGAUGUCCAUAAGGCCGCCUACGAUGCUGCACUGGCCAGGGAUGAAAAUGAAAUCGCUGAGGAAGUGUCUGCCUUCCAAUAUCAUGCACAGCCUAUGCUCACAAUACAAGAACGGUACAGCUCGAUGCGUGCCUGCGCACGUCAACAACUUGAACAUUGGAGAGUUCUACGCGAGAAGCGACAGGUGGCGGGGGCAUGUUUGAGCGUGGCUGACCUUGAGAGCCUAGUGAAGGUCUGGGAGGAUCUCGAGAACGAAAACACAACCGAUCCCCCGAUGAAGGCUCGUUGUGCUAUUCUUGCUCACGAAUACUCGGUGGAGAUCGAUACUCGCAGGCGGAACUAUGAAGACUCAUUGGAGAAGGCGUCAAGAUCUGGUCGCACACCAAUGAUACUCACAACGCCGGUCGCUGUGAAUCAUUAUCCAGUGACGACAAACGCGCCCACGGAAUCUACCACGGCCGUACCUGCACCGUCGCCGAAGACAUCGGACGUGGCCGCACGAUGUACCCACUCUGACAUCUCGCUUACGCCUACGCCAUUUUCUCGCUUGAAGGCGCGAGCCGACGAGCGUAAAAGGGCCGAAGAAAAGCGGGCUGAGGAAGCUAAGGCCCGAGCCAAAGCACGCAAGGGAAGAAAAGCUCAAAUCGAGGUAGCCAAGCAAAUCCAGCUUGAAGAAAAGGCUGCCUUUGUCCGCGCCGAGAAGGAGAAGCAGAAAGCGAUGGCUGAGGACCGAGCCCGUCUGAAGGCUAAACAUAUCGUAAAAGUUCGAGCCAAAGUGCGUGGAGCGCCGAUUGGCAUUGAUACGGUCGAUGAUGACUUUAUCGUUUCUGAGGUACAAGAGGAGUCGUUGUCGCAUGGGAUUGAUGCCUCCAACGAAGGCAUGCAGGGAGAACCCAAGCUGUAA